AUGGACCAUGAAAGCAGACAACUCGCUCAGGAUUUGUUCCUGCGGGAACCUGUGGAUGCUCGGAUACGGAAGGCUAAAGUUGAACCAGAGGAGGACCCUCAUCCUAACCUCAAAGUGGAAAUGCAAACUGUUCGUUUAAACUCAGAUUCACAGAAGCUUGUGCUGGACACAUUGAGGUUUAUCCAUGGGCCUGAUUUUAAACUUGGAAGUGCCAGUCUCUAUAAAGACAAAGGUUCAAAUUUGGGUAACCGUUACUGGAUGGAGAGAGGUAACCUUAUUGUGCAGGGAGGGUGUGAUUACUCGCUGACUGUCAAACCAGAUAUACAGACUUCGGAAGCGAGACUCCGGGCAUUUGCACUGGCUAAACUGGAGAGGUAUAAUUUCCACAAAGCACAUUGUGCAGAAGCCUUAGAAGUAGCAGCAGAAAAUAUAGAGAAAGCAUUGGAAAUACUUUUCCUCAAAUACUUCAAAAUAAAUUUCCAAGAUAAACCGGAAACUGUGCCCACUCCUGCAGAGUUGUUAGAAAUGAAAAAUGAUGAAAAAGCAGUGCUUGAAUCAAUAUACGAUACAAGUUUUAAAACGAAAGAUCAUAAUGUAUGGAUUGUCAAAUUAAACCUCGAUUACCUGACGAAAAUGUACGAAGCAAAAGAUGUAGAGGUUCCCAAGAAGAAGAACAUAAAUUACACAAGUGGUGUCAAAACGAAACAGAAAGAAGUUUGUAAACUGUUCCUCCGAGGUCCUUGUAGGUUUGGCGCGAAAUGUAAGUUCCUACACGAAUCAAAAGAAGAGAAAUCUUCAGAGCCCGUAGAAGCUAAAGAUAACACCAAAAUAACUUACGAAUUAGAAAUAAGAUUUCCCGAAGACACUGUAUAUCCAUACCAACCACCAUUAAUAUUUUUCAAAACGGAAAACAAGACUAAUAUUAUACCAGAGCUUACUUUCUUAAAAGUAACUUUAAGACUUUUGGACGAAGCCAAGAAUCUAGCACAGGACGGUAUACCAAGUAUAUACUCUUUAGUGGAACUCCUCAAUAACGAGGAGGAUAUUAUGAAUUUUAUACAAUUUGAUACUAGAACUUUUCCGGACACAUCGGACGCCUUAUUUCCUCAACUCAUAGAAAAUAAUAGUUUAAGUAAAAAGAAGUUACCGUUGCAUUAUAAAAAGGGUGAGAAUAAAGAUAAUAGAUCUAAAGUGAAUAUGGAGGAGAUUUAUAAGGAGAACAGAGAGAUAGCUAAGCGUUGGUUGGAGAAAGAAGAUAAUGACAAGUAUAAGAGAAUGAUGUCUGGCAGAAGGAAACUGCCGGCUUGGCAGAAGAGGAAUGAAAUACUGAACACUGUAAAGAAAUCGCAGGUUGUAGUAAUUAGCGGUGAGACGGGUUGUGGUAAAAGCACACAAGUACCGCAGUUUAUAUUGGACAAUUGGUUGGAGAAUUUCAAAGAUAGCGGCGACCACGUGGAGGUCGUCUGUACGCAGCCUAGAAGGAUAUCAGCCAUCGGAGUGGCUGAUCGGGUGGCUGAGGAAAGGGUCGAGAAGACCGGACAGGUUGUCGGUUAUCAGAUAAGAUUAGAAAGCAAAGUGUCAUCGAAAACCCGCCUAACGUUUUGCACCACCGGUAUUCUAUUACGGAGGCUAGAGUACGACCCUCAGUUAAAAUCAGUCACUCACAUACUUGUAGAUGAAGUACAUGAGAGGUCUGAAGAGAGUGACUUCCUCCUCCUAAUUCUGAGGGACUUGGUCAAAGUAAGGAAGGAUCUAAGAGUCAUACUCAUGAGUGCGACGUUGAAUGCAGAUUUGUUCUCCGAUUACUUCGACAAGGUUCCAGUGCUUGAAAUACCAGGUCGAACGUUCCCGGUAGAGCAGCUGUUCUUAGAAGAUAUAAUGGAGAUUACGAAUUACGUGUUAGAAGAAAAUGGUCCUUAUGCUAGAAAAAUUAAGAAAGGUGAUAAGAAACAAGACUUAGAAACGGAAUUGGAAACGUGUGACGUACGUGCGGAUGCCAAUGAGCCUCCGAAGAUAUCGAUUCGAGAUGACAACUUGAAUAUAGGACAGAUGGUCGCUCGGUACCCAAAAUGUAGUAAGACUACAUGCAAGAAUAUGUACCUUAUGGAUACUGAGAAGAUCAAUAUGGAGUUAGUAGAACAUGUGCUAACAUACAUCGUGAAAGGAGACCACGAGUGGCCGCGAGAGGGCGCUAUCCUUGUGUUUUUACCUGGUAUAGCUGAGAUCAUGUCGCUACAUGAUCAGCUCUGUGAAAGUCAUACAUUCAGUCCAAAGACAGGCAAAUACACAAUAGUACCACUCCAUUCAACAUUAUCAAGCGAGGAACAAGCACAAGUUUUCAAGAAGCCACGGCCGGGCGUGCGCAAGAUAGUGCUCUCUACCAAUAUUGCUGAAACUUCUGUCACUAUAGAUGAUUGUGUUUUCGUCAUCGAUUGCGGCAGGAUGAAGGAGAAAAGAUUCGACUCCAACCGUAACAUGGAAUCCUUAGACCUGGUCUGGGUAUCUCGUGCCAACGCCAAACAACGCAAGGGUCGCGCAGGUCGCGUGAUGCCGGGCGUCUGUGUACACCUGUUCACGUCCCACCGCUACCAGCACCACAUACUGGACCAACCUGUCCCCGAGAUACACAGGGUGCCGCUAGAACAGCUCAUACUGAAGAUUAAGAUACUGCCGCUGUUCCAGGAUAUGAGUGUCCAUGAGGUUUUGGGCAAAACGGUAGAACCGCCAACGAAAUCGAACAUAGACGGCGCUCUUUCCCGCCUUCAAGACGUGGGGGCAUUGGACAAGGCCUAUGCCCUGACGGCGCUGGGCAAACAUCUGGCAGCUUUGCCCGUAGACGUCAGGAUAGGCAAACUGAUGUUAUUCGGGGCCAUAUUCUGUUGUGUGGACUCAGCACUCACUAUGGCAGCGUUUUUAAGUCAUAAAAGUCCUUUUGUUUCUCCGUUUGGGAAGAAGUCGGAAGCAGACGCGAAACGAAGAGAUUUUGCGUGUUCACAAAGUGAUCAACUCACAACGUUAAGAGCUUAUAGGAAAUGGCAACAAGCAAUGAAAUCGAGUACACACGCGGCGCUAGUGUUCUCCAGUGAGAACUUCCUAUCACACAAGACUUUGAUGAUGUUGGCCGACAUUAAGCACCAGCUGUUGGGGCUCCUCGCAUCUAUUGGGUUCGUGCCCGACAUGCCGGCUUUAAGAAAAAAGAUGAGGAAGGAUUCCGUUGCUAGCUUAACUGGAGAUGAGCUCAACACCAAUGGAAACAACGAUAAACUAUUGGCAGCCAUUUUAUGUGCAGCUUUGUAUCCAAAUGUAGUAAAGGUCCUGACUCCAGAGAAAUCCUUCCACAUGCAAGCAGGCGGUGCGAUCCCCCGCCAACCGACUCCAGACGAGUUAAAAUUCAAAACUAAAUCAGAUGGCUACGUGGCUUUACAUCCAUCGUCUGUCAAUUCCUCUGUAGGAUAUUUCACCAGCCCUUAUUUGGUGUACCAAGAGAAGGUCAAAACUAGUAGAGUUUUCAUCAGAGAGUGUUCCAUGGUACCUCAGUUGCCGCUUGUAUUGUUCUCUGGAUGCAGUUUGUCUGUGGAACUGCAUAACGGUACGUUUAUAGUAUCAUUAGAAGAUGGAUGGAUCAUGUUCCAAGUGGAAAAACAUGAAGUCGCAGAAAUGUUGAAGACGAUACGAGUGGAAUUAAUAAACUUAUUAGAAGAGAAAAUCAACGACCCAAGUUUGAACCUGUUACAUUACGAGAAAGGUAACCGGAUAAUAAAGACUAUAGUGCAAAUUGUAACUAAGGAUUAA